CGGACGGCUGUGGGAACGCGCCCGGGGCGGCCAGGGGUUCCCGCGCUCCAAGCGAGCUUCUCCCGGGUGUGCCCCGCCAGACGUUUCAGACGAAAAGCCAAGAGUGCAGGGAGGGAGAAUAGAAACGUGAGCCUCGAAGGAAGAGCUCUAGGUUCCUCAACUCUCCACCAGAGGCGGAAACAGUGAAUGCAAGCCCGCGCGGAGCCCGGAAGUGGGCGGGACCUCGGGCCGCAGACUGGCGCAGAGAUUGAGUCCCCAGCGGAAGUGGGUGUGGUGGGGCGUGUCUACUGGGACACUGCCCCAGUGAGGCGGUGUCUGCGCUCGCGGGACUCCAGACUCUUAAAAGCUGGGUUCGCAUGCUGCCAACCACUGUGAUCCAGACGCUCUUCGGGUCCUCCAGACGUCCGGCCAUGGUGUCCGGCUGAGCUGUCCUGGGGCUGAGAAGCUGAGCCGCGGUGAAUGGCGGGGUCCCUGGAGCCAAGCGCUGAGGCGGUCCUGCGCUUUCUCGCCGAGCGCGGGGGCCGGGCCCGACACUCGGAAUUGGUGCAACACUUCAGGGACGCCCUGUGUGGCCAGCGCGAACAGCGCACCCGCGCCCGCGAACACUUCAAGGAACUGGUCAACGCAGUGGCCACCGUGCGCACCGAUCCCGCGGAUGGUACCAAGUAUGUGCAUCUCAAGAAAAGGUUCUGUAUGGGGGAGUCCCCUCCGCUUGAGGCCGCGCUCCCCCAACAACUCCCGCGCAUCGAGGUGACUGAGGAGCCUCAAGUCCCGGACCUUCCAGAGAAACCAUGCGAGGGCAGCCAGCCUCCGGUGGAGGCAGAUCCACAGUUGUCUCUCAGAGUAGGCGGCGGACUGAGCCACCAGAAGCCUCGGGCGGCUGCUCAAAGUGGGGCCCAGAGUAAGGACUCGCCACAGGAGGUCGAGGCCGUGUCGUGGGCGCCGGGCCCCGGAUCCAGUGAGAACCUUAAACUCCCUCCACAUGGCGGUGAGGAAGCUGAAGGGGGCAGUUCCCCUAGUGUGCCAAAUACGCCCAGGUCGGCCCGUCAGAACUUUCGGGACCUGGUGAUGGGCAGCUCCCCGCAACUAAAGAGGAGCGCGGGUCCUGGGGACGGUAGCGCUGGGAGCAUCUCCUCAGGAGGUCGCAGCAGAGGAGGGGCCGACUCCGAUAGCGCCUCGUUAGCGUCUUCAUCCGCAGAAGAGGAGAGCAGCGGCGGAGGCUCGGUUACCCUGGAUCCUCUUGAGCACGCCUGGAUGCUCUCAGCUUCCGAGGGCAAGUGGGACAGCCUAAUAGGGCUGCUCACUUGUGAGCCCGGCCUGCUCUCGAAGCGAGACUUCAUCACCGGCUUCACUUGUCUCCACUGGGCGGCCAAGCACGGCAGGCAGGAGCUCCUGGCCAUGUUGGUCAACUUUGCCACCAAACACCACCUGCCAGUGAACAUCAAUGCCAGGUCGAGCGGAGGCUACACUGCCCUACAUUUGGCAGCGAUGCAUGGGCAUGUAGAGGUGGUGAAGUUACUAGUGGGAGCCUACGACGCAGAUGUAGACAUCAGGGACUACAGCGGGAGAAAGGCCUCUCAGUAUCUGAGUGAGAGCAUUGCAGAGGAGAUAAAGAACCUGGUGGGAGCCCUGGACGAAGACGAUGGAGACAGCGCUGCCGGCCGCGGGAGUGGACGCUGGAGACUUUCAAAGGUGCUCCCAUCACACAUCACUCACAAACUCUCCCCGGUCGUGGAAGACGGAGCUGACCAUCACCACCACCUCGCCGAGGGAUGGACUGGAGGAAGCAAAGCAAAAGAUUCAGGUCGCAAAGCCUCGGGCAGCUCGAGUGGACGGAUAAAACCACGACUCAACAAAAUCCGAUUCCGAACCCAGAUCAUUCACACCACUCCCUCCUUCAAGGAUGCUGAACCGACACUGGAGGAGGGGGAGGAGGAAGAGGAGGAAAGGCCUCUUCGAGGCUACUCAUCUUCCUUUAAACUGAGACCGAAGUCCAAUGUAUUCGGGUAAAAAACAAUUGGUGCUAGAAAUACUAAGGCUUAUUUGUCUUCAAGGUAGAGUAAUACUGGGUAUGGAUAAGAAGUGGAGGCAGAAAAGACAGGAUAAAUUGCAUUUCAACUUCUGGGCUUGGAGUGGAUCUGCAAUAAUCCUUUCCGGAUAGCAUUCUGGGGCAAGAAAAUGUCUCUGAAGUGAUUCAUAAUGCACUGAUUUGUGCCUCUCUCCCGCCCCACCCUUGUAACCUGGAACUUGUGAGAACUGGAAUUAUUGAUGACUAAGAGUCCCUUUGCUUUUUAAUCAUUACUAAGAUACCAUGCAGAGUAAGGGCCAUCAGAAAAUGCAAAACUCCUGGUAAUGCAAACUGAACCUGCUAAUUUUGUAAAUGAAUGAAACUACAGGCUGCCCUGAUUUUCUACCAGUCGCACUUGCUUAAGGUGCUAAAGAAGUCAAGGUCAGAGUUGAAAUGUGAAACUGCAAAUGAGAAUUAUGUGACUGGAGAUGGGAAUCUACAGAUAUCAUCUUACUUAUAUUGUAAGUAGCAGUUCCCCUUCUUUAAAAGCAAUUUUAUUUUUUAAUUACUGGACAGAAGAACUAGGCAGUAUUUGCUUUUGAGUUGCUGUAAUCUGGUCUGUGCCUAUAACACUAUUCAGUAUACGGUACAUUAUUAAUCGCAAACUUCUGGUUAAGUAGAAGAACAUGUAGCAACCUCUGGUACUUUUCUUUAAAGUGAAUGUCUUGUUGAAUAUCACUAACUUGUUUUGCUACUCUUUAAUUCUAAACUUUCUGGGGUUUGUAUUCUGGGGUUUCUUUUUGAUGAAGCUCACAAUACUUAGACUAAUUUACUUAUCACCUAAACCAUUCCUUGUUUAGAAAAAUGGCAAAACUCAGCAUAAGUAUUAAUAAGCCUAUGCUUCUGUGAAGUAAUUAUUAAAUCAACUUAAUAUGUUUCUCAUGUAAGAGACAUUUUAAUUUUAUUAAUACAUUCAUAGUCUCUAUGCUUUGUAGCAACAUUUUACAAAUGUGCAAAAUACUAAAUCUUUCACUUUUCUUACGUUUCUUUGUAUCUACUCAAAGAGCUAUGGUGUAGUUACAGAAAGCCUAGAUAGUCUGCCCAUUUAAAAAUGGGCAAUCUAUUAUACUUUAUAAGAAGAAAGAGAAAUGGGAUCAUUUCUGUAUUUCAAUGCUGCUAGCUAUUGAAUUUCCUUAUAUAUAAUUGAGAAAUACUAUUCCUUAAAAUUAAAGACUUUUACAACU